AUGGAGACCUGGAAUGGGACAGAUUUUAAAGAGUUCCGGCUCCUAGGAUUCUAUGAGUUACCUCACAUGCAGCUUCCUCUGUUUGUAACCUUCUUGCUUAUCUACUUCAUGGCAUUGUCUGGGAAUACAACUAUCAUUACUGUUAUAUGUACUGAGUCUCAGCUCCAUACACCCAUGUACUUCUUCCUGUGCAACCUUUCUUUUCUCGACCUCACACUCAUAUCAACUGUUCUCCCAAAACUUCUACAUAUCUGCUUGACAGGGGAUCAGACUAUCACCUUCUUAGGCUGUAUCACUCAAAUGUAUGUGUUUGUUAUAUGUAUUGCAUCAGAAUACUGUCUGCUCGCUGUUAUGGCAUUUGACAGGUAUGUUGCCAUCUGCCAUCCUCUACGCUACUCAACAUUUAUGAGCUUUUCUCUUUGUGCUUGUCUGGCUUUGGUUUCAUGGCUCUGUGUCAUUCUGGACACCUCCAUUUAUCCUGCAUUGUUGACUCAACACAAGUUCUGUAAGUCUAAUGUCAUUAAUCAUUUAUUUUGUGACUUGAAGCCACUUCUUAAGCUUUCCUGCAGUAACACUCAGAGCAUUGAGUUAGUCAUUCAGGUGCUUGGCAUCCUCUUAGGUUUCAUACCUCUAGUCUUCAUUAUAAUUUCUUAUAUCUUUAUUACCUCUGCCAUCUUAAAUAUUCGUUCCAACAAAGGAAAACACAAGGCCUUCUCUACUUGUUCCUCUCAUGUCACAGUGGUCAUCUUGUUUUUUGGAAUCAUCCUCGGGAUGUAUAUGAGACAUAAAUCCGCUUAUUCUAUAGAACAGGACAAAGUGUUUUCAGUGCUGUAUGCAUUUUGUAUUCCCACCCUAAACCCAGUGAUCUACAGCCUGAGAAAUGAAAAUGUGAAAGUGGCUUUAAGAGCACUGGUAAAGAAGAUUCAGAGAUGA